AUGUCGUCGCGCGGAAUUAAUAACACAGUGGUACCUACCAGCAAUACCAACCCCACCAAUACAACUACAUCCCUUUCAAAGCUACCAAAAAUGCAAAAGAGCAAGACGUACGCUUCUACUCACCACAAUUCACUAGCACAAUAUACAUAUAUAAAAGAAAAUGGUAUGAUAACAAUAUAUAAUACAACAAGAUUAAAUAGUGGAGCAUCGGAUUUAACUGCAAAAUAUCAAAUAAAAGCUCCAACUUAUUCUAACCCAAAUGUUUGCAUACAAAGUUGUAAUGAUCAAAAUCAGUUAUAUUGGAACGCAUUCCCAAGACUGAACGAAGUUACCACCACCACCAGUAAAGACAGUACCACCGCAAUUACCCCUCUUUCCAAUAAUCCAACCAAAAUCAAACAUCAAUAUUUAGGAGAAGAUUUAAAUAUGAACAAGCAUAGAUUUAGCAAUUUAUCCACCACUUCGGUUGAUUCUACGAGUAGCAUUGGAAGCACUUGUACGUUUAAUAGUACGUCGUCGUCAACGACGAUAAAUGGAUUAAACAACGGUGUGGAUGGAAUAAAUAAGUUGAUUAAACCUAAUUCAACUUGGGAAAUUUCAAAUUUAUUGACCCAAUAUACCUUAAUUAAAUAUGAAAAGUUAUUGGGUGGUUAUGUCAUAUCUUGGAAUGGUAGAAUAUUCCUUUGGAAAUUUAAUAAUGGUGAUGAUACGGUUAAUAGACAACAAAAGAAAAGUUCUUUUAGAAAUUCUUUCGCUCUAAAGAAAAAUAGUAAUGCCUUCUCUAAUGGUUCUUUAAUACCCGAUAAUAAUGGUGAUAAACAAAGUGAAUUAUAUUGUGUCGAAGGAUUGAGCGGGAUAGGUGCAAGAAUAGCUGAAUUUGAAAACGAGACGAACACUCUUUAUAUUAACAUAUCCAGUAAGAUCUUAGAUGCUGAUUCAUAUAGUAGUAAAGGCAAGGAAGAAGAAUUAUUGACUUCAUUUGAAACUUUUAUUUUAAUUACCGGUUUGAUCGCAAAAAAUUCUGCUAAAAAAUUAUCCAAAAAACAAAAUGAUCCUAACGAUCGUUAUACCGAUGCUCACUUAUUUAAUUAUUCUCCUUUCUUUGUUCUCUGUGGUUUCUGUUCUUAA